AUGGCUACAGAAUCUCAGCAAUGGGCAGCAGAACAUUCACAGAAAAGGGGCAUUUUUGAGUUAUCAGUAGGUUCUCCCAAUAUGUCUGCACAAAUGGAAAAAAUGGAUAAGAAAAUUGAUGCAAAGUUUGAUAUGCUUCUACAACAUCUAGCAAGUUCUACACAGCAGCCACCUACAUCAACAGUUUGCACUAUAUGCAGUAUGGCUACACAUGACAUAAUGGGCUGUCCACAUAGAGACUCUUACCCAGAGCUUGUUGAACAACAUGUCAAUAUGAUGAACAGCUAUCAAAGGCCUAGGAAUGAUGCAUAUGCAACUCAUUACAAUCCUGGAUGGAGGGAUCACCCUAAUUUCAAAUGGGGUGACAAUCAGACUAAUGCCAAACCAUUCCAGCAUGCACAAAAACCUUUUGUUCCCUCCAAACCAUCUCUGGAACAUCAACUUGCUAAACUGGCAGCAACAACUCAAUCAUUCAUCGAGGGCAACAAUCAAAGAUUUCAAAAUGUUGAAGCAUCAAUUAAAAGUUUGGAGCAACAAUUUGGACAGCUAGCUACACAGAUUUCAGACAGAGAAAAGGCUAUGACAAUCGUGAAAAUAGCAUUAAAGGAGCAGCAAGCAGUAGAGGGUAAUACAGAAAAUUUUGCAGCAGCAGAACCUGCCAAACCUGCAGAAAAACAUAAUCUGGCAGAUCUAGAAACUGUUCCAAAACAAGUUCCUGAGCGUGUUUAUGAGGCCCCAAUUCCAUAUCCAGAACGUUUGAAGCCAAAAGCAAAAGAUCAGCAACUUAAGGACUUUAUGCAGACAUUAUCCAAGGUUCAAAUCAACAUUCCAUUACUGGAUGCAAUCAAGAAAAUUCCAUCAUAUGCCAAAUUUUUUAAGGAAGUUUGCAGCAGCAAAAAGAAGCCUUCAGAUUUGGACAAAGUUAUUUUGACACAACAGUGCAGCGCAGUUUUGCUACACAAACUACCACCUAAGAAAAAAGAUCCAGGGAGUUUUAAUAUUUCUUGCGCUAUUGAAAAUUUUAAUUUUAAAAGUGCUUUAAUUGAUUUGGGUGCAAGUAUUAAUUUGAUGCCUUUUUCUGUUUUCCAGCAAUUGGGGCAAGGAGAUUUAAACCCUACAUCAAUGAUACUUCAACUGGCUGACCGUUCAAUUACUUAUCAAAGAGGUGGUAUUGAAGAUCUAAUUAUAAAUGUUGAUAAUCUUUAUCUACCAGCAGAUUUUGUGGUUCUAGACAUGGACGAAGACCUUCAAACACCUAUUAUUUUUGGGAGACCGUUUAUGGCAAUAGCUAGGACUUUAAUCGAUGUGGAAGCUGGAACAUUGCUCUUAGGGUUCAGGACCAAUCUGUGGUAUUUAAUUUGUUUGAGGCAGCAAAACGUCCUACUGAACAGCAAGAAUGUACGCACAUUUACGUGGUAG